CCUUGACCAUUUGUCCUCCCAAGCCUGAGAUUGCUUCUGAAGUGGAGAGAAUUGAAUAAACCCAGGAUUCCUUUCUGGGAACUGGGCACUUGUCAUCGAAGAGUGAAGUGUCUUUGGAGAAGCUUGUGGCACCAGGAUUUGAGGUUAGACUGAGAAACUCUCGCUCGCCCAUCAGAUGGCGCCGCCGCCCUCAGUGCAUCUCCAGGAGUAUAGGGGGCGCUGUGUACUGGCCUCUUUUCCCCCGCCUCGGUGACUCUUGCUUCCGCCUCCGGAGCCCGCCUCGGCUCCCCAGGGCUCAGCUGCGCAGUCGCGGAAACGGGCCUGUGGGGAGCAUGGCGGCGUCUUCGAGUGGAGAGAAGGAGAAGGAGCGGCCGGCAGGCGGCUCUGGAGCGGCAGGCGGUAACAGCACGCGAGAGCGGCUCCUGUCUGCGCUGGAAGAUCUGGAGGUCUUGUCAAGAGAACUUAUAGAAAUGCUGGCAAUUUCAAGAAACCAAAAGUUGUUGCCGCCUGAUGAGGAAAACCAGGUCCUGGAGUUGUUAAUUCACAGAGAUGGGGAAUUUCAAGAACUGAUGAAAUUGGCACUUAAUCAGGGAAAAAUCCAUCAUGAAAUGCAAGUUUUAGAAAAGGAAGUAGAGAAGAGAGACAGUGAUAUUCAACAACUACAAAAACAGCUAAAGGAAGCAGAGCAAAUAUUGGCAACAGCUGUUUACCAAGCAAAAGAAAAACUCAAAUCAAUAGAAAAAGCAAGAAAAGGUGCCAUCUCCUCUGAAGAAAUAAUUAAAUACGCACAUAGGAUUAGUGCGAGUAAUGCUGUAUGUGCCCCACUGACCUGGGUUCCAGGGGACCCACGGAGACCAUACCCAACUGAUUUAGAGAUGAGAAGUGGAUUAUUGGGUCAAAUGAACAAUCCUUCCACUAAUGGUGUAAAUGGUCAUUUACCAGGAGAUGCACUUGCAGCAGGCAGAUUGCCAGAUGUCCUUGCUCCACAAUAUCCAUGGCAGUCAAAUGACAUGUCAAUGAAUAUGUUACCACCGAAUCACAGUAAUGACUUUUUGUUGGAACCUCCAGGGCAUAAUAAAGAAAAUGAAGAUGAUGUAGAAGUUAUGUCAACAGACUCCUCAAGCAGUAGUAGUGACUCUGAUUAAAAAACAUAAAAGACAAAAUUCAUACAGAAUUGAAUACUGUGGAAUUCUGUUUCUUACACAAUAGCAAGCCUAUAAAAAAAGCCAGGUAAUACUGCCUAUAGUGGAACCGUGCAGCCCAUUAAAAAUCACUGGACUUUCUUUUUUAAGCCAAAAAUUAUCGUUUCAGUUCUAAACCACUAAGUGAAUAUUUAAAGAAUAAUCAAAAUUUAUUGUUGGAAAAAAAAUUACUCAUUUCAGUGCUGCCCUAUCCUGUUAUGUUCCAGUUAUGUUGGACUUGUACAUAGUAUUUCUGGAAAUAAAAGUUGAGGGAAAUAACCCAUGUACGCAUCAUAUCUCAAAAUAACAAAAACCUCAUUUGAAAGUGAAGGCCGGUAGCUUCUGUCACAGUAACGGGAAGUUGUCUCAAUUUUACUGUCUGUAAUUAUUGUAAUAUGUGUAAAUAAACAUAUUUUUGUUUGUA